GUCCGACUCACAGGUGCUUCUCUGCUGCUGCUUUGCUCGUGAACUGGCACCAUUAUUUUUGCUCGGAAACUAAAAGUUCCGAGUCGAUUACUGGGAGAGAAUCUCAGCAAACACACGGGGAUAAACGCGGUUCACGGCUACAUCAAGGAUGUGUGGUAUGGACGUGGACCUGGACGAUGGUGGUUCAGCUGAGGAAGAGAAAGAGGAGGAGUUCUGGAUCGGAGAAGGCGUGAAGAUGCUUCCCCCGCCUGUGGCUCACAGCGGGGGCAGUGCUUGGGGCAGCCGCAGAGGUAGGUGUGGCUGCCUGGCCUGCGGGGCAGCUCUCAUCCUCUGGAACCUGUGCGUCGUCUUAGCCAGCGCUCUGCUCCUGGCUGUGGUCUUCUUUGUGGUACUCCUGCCUGCAGGACUGCUGCUGUACGCUGGUUUCCUUUGCCACUCCAGGGUCCUUGAUGCCCCCUCUGCCAUCUGCCGUUACCUUGAUGACAACAGCUGCUCUGCCCUCAUCAUCCUGGGCUUUGUGAUGAUGUCUCCGCUCGUGGUUGUGGUGGCCGCUGUUUUCUGCGGGCUGCUCCGAAAGUUUCGACUCCUGCUUUUCAUUCAGCCGAUCACGCGUGCCUGGUACAGAGGGAGGCUGCUGGACUGGGCAGGCAGCAUCCACGCCUGGGUUUGAUCAAAACGGGGAAGGUGGUGCUGAAAGUCACGAGGGUGUGAAAAGCAAGAAGUGAUUAGAAAGAUUGUGUAAAAUGAACCAGAGGGUUACAGAUGGUUUUACAAAAAUAGACAGAUCAUUAUAAUUGAUGUGACAGUCAUACUUUGUUAAUGGUUAUAAAAAGCAGUUGGCAUUUUUAGAAAUAUUUGAGUCCUCUUGAGUCUAACAGAUCAAUAUCACCCUCACUGUCUGCAUGGUGAAAAUGAAGCUGCAAACACCAGAUAAUUAGCUUAGCGACAUAUACAAAACAUAUACAUUUACAUUAACCAUGUAAUAUGAUCAUUUGAGCGCUUUAGAGGUGAUAGAAGGUGGAUUUCAUGAGCCUUUCCAGCUAAAUGUUUCUGGGCUUUGUGCUUAUCUGAGAGCCCUCUGCCUUCAUCCUCGCAUUGAGAGUGAAGCGACUUCUCACUGAUCUCUCAGGCAGGAUGGAAACAAGUGUGUUUUCUAAAAUGUCAAACUGUUUUUGUGUCAUAUUUUUGUUUAUUCAUUUGUGUACCCUGUGUCCAUUUUAGGUAAUUUUGUGAUUUUUCGGGGGGUAAUGACACUAGAGUUGGGCUGGUGGGUUUAUUUGGCUUUUACAUGGUUUCUCUGAUAUGUAGAGCCAUCUUUUUUGUUUUUUAAUUUUGAAGAUACAAGAAGCUCAAAGCUUGUAAAACACAUUAUGCACUCAUUUAAGUGAACUAAAUACACACCAGAACAGUCCAGAAAAAAAAACACUUUGGAAAGUGAAGGCUACCUGCAGGGUUUUCACACAAGCUUUAACAGCUUCUUAGACACAGUAUUGUUAUUUUCUUUUUAGGAUGCAUCAAAUACUGGUUUAACUAUGAUUUUGUAUAAAAACUAAUAUUUUUGUGAUUUUGUAUUGCCUGUCUGCCAACUAUGUGGAUGUGUUUACAUGUGAGAUAUUCUCAGAAAUGUGAAGUUAUUUGUGUUUAGACUUAAGAAGUAUCACAAAAAGUCGAACCAGUUUUCCAGACACCAGACUAAAGGCCCUAGCAGACAUUCCAGGUUGCCUAGAUAAGCCUCUAAUGUACAGUAUUCUGCAAAAGUCUUGAGUCACCCCUCAUUUCUUUAUCUUUUGCUUACAAAAAACCAAACCUUUUUGUAAUUUUUUAAAAUUAGUCUUGAGCAAUAGUUCAAAGUAGCAGAAAACUGUCAAAGAUCCAGUGUUUAAUUGCAUCGUUAGGCAGUUUGUUACUAGCAGCCUAUGGCAAAAACACAUAAUUUGAGUUUAUACAACAGUGAGUGUCUACAGACAUCUGUAAAACAUGGUGGAGGCUCUCCCAUGGUUUGUGGCUGCAUUUCAGUAAGUGGAGUUGGAGAUCUUUUCAGAAUUAGGAAUGCGGAAAAGUACUAUCAGAUUUUGAUCCACCAUGCAAUACCAUCUCUGGAAAACUGCUUCAUUUUUCAGUGAUCCCAAGCGCACUGCCAAUGCAGUAAAAGCAGACCUGGAUAGAAAAACAUAGUGGAACACCAUCAGUCAUGGAUUGGCCUCUCCAGAACCAGGACCUCAACUUUACUGAAGCAGUGUGGGAUCAUUAUGACAGAGAGCAGAACAAAAGGCAGCCAACAUCCAAAGAAGAGCUUUGAAUGUCCUUCAGGAAGCCUGGAGAACUAUUCCUGAAGACUGCUUGAAGAAAUUACAUGAAAGCAUCCUAAGAGAGUUCAGGCUGUGUUGAAAAAUAAAAGUGGUCACACCAAAUAUUGAGUUUCAAACUCAUUAGAAUUGUACAAACUGGAUUUUUAUGUGUGCUUGCACAUUUGAAUAAAUCACUGCACCUGUUUCCCAUUUUCCUAGCGAACUAUAAAGAAAUUAGGGGUGGCCCGAGACUUUUGCACAGUACCGUAGUUGCUAUCAUUGAUUGUCAUAUGACAAUCAACAGUAUCCUGCACUCUCAUUUGUAGGCACUUCUAUUGCUCACCUUGAAGUUGAGAAAAGUUUAACCUGGCACCAGUUUAGUAGUUAUUUUGGCCAUUAUUGUUGUCUCCGAUCACCACACUGCUUCUAGUGGCUUCCUGUGUGGAUAGCGCUUAAGUGAUCUGUUUUUAAUUUAUGCAACUUAGUCCAAGCUGUUGGGCUUUCAAAAAUCCUUAAAACCAAGGUGAAUCGUGUAAAAUAAUAACUAGAAUUACUUUCUUAUGGUGGCAGUUUACAUUAAGACUCAUACGCAGUAAAUACUCUGAAGAAAUGUAAUCGAUGGCACCACUUCAGUAUCUGAUCAAAUGUGAAAUAUGGUCACAGUCUCCUCCUUCUGCUCCUGAGUUACACUGUUAAAUAAUGGCAGGAAAGGUGUUUUUGCAGAACAUGAUGGUGUCAUUAUUUGAUUUUACUCUAUCAGGCACUUUUGUAAGUUAUGGCCUAAAAUGCUUUUUGGUGAUCAUAAGCUUUGACCUCCGACAUCUAAUCAGCUCAUCCUUGAGUCCAAGUUUGAGUCCGAGUUUUUGUGCCAAAAUAUGAAGCAAUCGUUUCAUGAUGUUCAUGAGAACAGGGCUGACGUGCAGUAAAUAUGUAUGGAUAAACAAUCCGAAAUCAUAAACGCCCACCCAGAGGCAUGAAAAAGUGUUCACAAGGACUUCCAUUUGUCUGUUAGGUGGCAUACAUGUAAAUCAACAAUAAAGUUUCUUCUCAAAGACUUUACCCAAUGUAGCAUCAUUAGCAGUCACACGUUGCGUAUGUGGGGGGUGGGGUUGAAGCAUGUUUCAUUUUAAUGCAUCUUUUAGAUCACAUUGUGCCAUAAAGAAAUACCCUUCAUCAUGAACACAACUAAAGUCGACAGCAUGACAAAGUAAUUGCCUUUCAGUGGGAUCAGAGUGUUAAAGAGGGAUUUGAAUCAUCACAUCAGGAGCUCAUUGUGCUGCCUCUUUGCUUUCUGGUCCUUCAAAUUCACCAGUGACACGCUGCACAUCCUUUUAUCUGUGUCCUUGCUCCAUAGUCGAGUGUUCAGACUUGUGGUUUCGUCUCUCAGAAGAAAGAAUUUUAUUUUAUGAUGAGCAUUUAUUACUCAGCAUCUGCCACUGUUAUUAUACUAAAUAUGUAUUUUGUUUUUGCUUAUUUAUUAGUGUGUUUUGUCUCUGUUUACUAAUCUGGAUGUGUUUUUUCCUAAAAUAAUAAAACACUGUUGAUCCAGCCAGAUAAGUGGUAGAAAAUGAAUGGAUUGGUGUUGAGACCAGUGUUUUAGAGACCUGUGUAGGAAAGGGGUUGAAAUGUAUUCUUUUUUAAUGUGAUGGGGUUGUCUGGCAGCAAAUGCCACAUCUGGAACAAAUUAGUGGGAAGACUGCAACAGCUAAUUGAGGUUUAUUUUAUUUAUUUAUUUGUUCAGUUUUCAA